AUGGACACUCCUCUUCACGUGAAUGAAUACCGAACCUUCAGAAAUGCCUCCAACUUUUCCUCUUGUCAUUUAUUUGUUUGUUUUGUCAACAAUUUUUAUGUAAACAGCUCAGAAUUGCACUUUAUUUGGAGUGUUUACUUUUGGUUUGUCAUGUCGGUGGUUUGACGGGCCGUUGCAUGUUAUGCAGGAAUCUGAGGAGCCUAAAUCAAGCAGGUGACUGAUAAACUUGAACACUUUACUACACUUUUACCAUGUCAAACAGGAGCUCGUUGACAUGGACUUUCCGCCGAGCAAGAGACUGAAGGGCCCUCAGGUGAAGACUGGGCCCGACCCGUUUGACGAUGACAUUGAUUUCACCCAAGAUGAUCUGGAGCAGAUUGAUAUCAUUGCAUCUCAGGCCAUCAGCGCAGACGUCCAGAACAGCAGCUCCAAGAGAUCUUUCGACUCUGUGUUUGCCUGCGCUGAUGAACCAAGCAAAGCUCCAGUGAGGUCUGGACGGAAAACAUUCGCCCUCGGAGACGCUUGCAGCAGCAGCACUUACAACAACACACACGCUCAAAGAAAAGACACGUCUGCAGAUGGUCAUUCCACUAAAGAUGGAGAUGAUCUCUACUACAAACAAUUAGAGGAACAGCAAGCAGAACUGAAGAAAAAGCUGAAGGAGGUGGAGGAGGAGAUCCUGAUGAAGAACGGGGAGAUUCGAGUGCUGCGGGACUCUCUGAAACAGGCUCAUCAGGAGCGCGAGCAGCACCGGCAGGCACAGAUCAUCCUGGAGAAGGAGAAAACUCAGGCUCAGAGCGACCGAGAGAAGGAGCUCUCCAGGAAGGUGCAGUCCCUGCAGUCGGAGCUGCACUUUAAAGAGGCUGAGAUGAACGAGAUGAGAGGGAAACUGCAGAGCGUGGAGCGCGGAGGAAAGCAGAGCAGCACACCUGCACGACCAGUUGUUAAGUCUCCUGUGAGCCGAACGUUUAUGACAAAGGAAAACUUCUCGGCCGAACUCUCAAAGAGAACGUCUCCAGUCAAACCAGGCUCUUCAUCAGAUGCACAGUCCAGAUGUUUACUCCCAGAAGAUCAGCGAUUGCAGCAAUGCAUGACCUCUGAUCUUCAAAAGGAAGGAUGUGUGUUACUAAAGCUGCUCCUCCAGCAGCCUCUGGACCCCAGUGCUCUGGGUCUCUGUCAUCUGCUGUCCAUCAGUCCUGAUGCUCUGCCCAACUUACUGACACAACACGCAUGCAUCAGUCCUGGAUCGUUGUCGACCUCCAGCUCGUCCUCCACAGACCUCCGCUCGUUUCCUCGUUCUCCGUCUCGGUUCCACCACCUCCAGAGUCUGGCCAUGUCCGCUCUCACAGCUCUCUCUCUCCAUCAGCCCACCACUGUCUCUCCCCUCUUGUCCUGCCCGUCAGCAGUGCACUUCCUCCCCCUGCUUUCCUUCCACAUUAGCACCUACUGUCAGUCUCUAGAGGUCUUCGACUCCUCCACCAAAACCUCUCUCCACAGCGGCUCUCUGUCCGGCUCUUCAGACUCCAGUCUGAGCUCCAUUCUGGAGGAGUCUCUAAGCGGACAGGAGGAGUUGGCUCUGGCGGCCCUCAGAGCGCUUCAGCACAUCGUCUGCUACAGUAAAGAGGCUCUGGAGGAUGUGAUUCGGAUGCAGACUUCCAAAAACGUGCUUGGGGAAAUGCAAAAUCAGAUGCCGGUCCUGAGGAGGGUUUUACAACUGGCAGAUCCGGCGUUCAGUACCGCCGCGGGACAUCGGGAGGCGCUAGUGGGCUGCAGUUGGAAGAUUCUCAGUGUGCUGGCAGAGAGAGCGCAGGACAACCUGAUCUCCAGGCUCCAGGUGGUCAUGUCCAAUUCCGUGCUGUGUAAAUGCCUGACUCUGGAGACCACGUACAGAAUUGUCCAUCUGUGUGUGAGAUUUCUGUCGUUUAUCAUCUGUAAUGACGAGAUGGCCACUAAACUCUGCUCGCAUGACUAUCCGUGUCCUUUUCUCAAAAUAUUCCAGUACGUCACAUCCAGACCGCAUAAAUCCUCUACUGAGGACGCAUGGAGUUGCUUGGAGCUUGUGGUCAUCCGGUUAUUGACUAAGCUGUUCACACAGAAGACUGGAACAUGGGUGGCUCUGUGCGAAUCAUCCUGCCAGUGUGUUAAUGAGGUGGUACGGACUGUCGUUGUUGUUUUACACCGACAGUGGCUGAAAACGAAAUGCAGAGGAGGUCAAACGGUGGGUACUCGGAUCAGGUCGAGUCCUGGAUUGCAGGUACUGAGAGAAGCACUGAUGUUACUGCACUGGCUGCUGUUGAAGGAUUCUGCAUUUUCCGAACACUGUCUGGACGUCUUACACAUGUACGAUCAGGUCAUUCCUGCUAUCAGAGACACUUUCCGUCAGCUUCCAGAUCUGUCCGAGAGCGAAGAACUGGCUCUGGAGGAGAUCUGCAGGUCUGAAACAGAGUAUGUUGAGGACAUGGAUGUGGAAACAGGGUCAUAACAAUCAAACAAAGUCCAAUUUUGUAAUGAACAAUGUCAUUUUUAAGACUGAACAUUAAUGAUUGGAAAUUAAAGAAUUAAUUCUA